UCUCUCUGAUCGCGUGUCUUGAAUGACGCUCCGUUCUUCGAACUGCAAAAUGGCGGAGGAGCAAAAGUCUCGGUGGAAAACGCUGUGAAGAGUCAUCUGAAUAUGGAGAAAAUCGCUAUUAUACCGCUUCUACUUAGCUUAGCUACUCUCCUAGCUAUUACAACGGACAUUUGUGCAGCUAAAACGGAGAAACCAAAAUGUGAGGUGAAGGAAGAGAGGGCUUAUAUUAUUGACAUCAAGGCAUCGAAGAAAGCGACGAAUGAAAAGGCAACUGUUGUUUCUGGCUUAAACGUCUCCACCGAAGCUGCCUGUAGCAAGGCUUGCUGUGAAGAGGACCUCUGCAAUAUUUUUAUUUUCUACAAUGGGAGCAGCCGCAAGAUUAAUUGCUUUUUGCUCGAUUGUGAACCUGAAAAGAACUGUGUCCGAAAAGAGUUUGCGAAUUCCGUGGUUGGAGUGAUGAUGAAGACUAAAGCGAUUGAUGUGGACACUAGAGAAAUGUCCACAGAACAAUCUUCCACCCCUCGCAGAACCACUACGAAACCCAACACUGCAGAAAAUAAAACAAGCACAGUGCUAACAUCAAUGUCAACACAGUCAAGUACAGCUACUGUCGGCAAGGCUAACAUACACUGGAAACAGCCACACAAUCAUACCAGCAAAUCAGCCCUGGUAAUAGCACUUUGCUUCGGAUUCCUGUUUCUGUUUGCUGUCAUUGUGCAAAUUGGAAGGCCAUGGCUGCGUUUCCUUCAGCGCCCACGCUACUCAAAGGUAGACUAUUUGAUGAAUGGCCUUUAGAUAAGUAUACUUAGGUACAAAUUCAAAGUACACAGAUAAUUGAGCCAGAGUAUGAAUUAUAGUUGAGCUCCAACGGGGGGGGGGGGGGGUUAAUAAAACAGACAGGGGUGAACGUCGGCAAAAUAAAUUUUAACCCUAAGGGAAAGCACUUGAGGUGUUGUCAACAGAAAUUCUCGCCCCUAACAGGGUUCAAAAUAAUAGCCGGCUGUUUUCCGGUCUUUGCAGUCUUUUUUUCUGUAUUCCUCUCUCAUAUUUAGAGUAUACAGGCUUUUUUCCCCACCAAAAUCCACAAAGACGGUAAAAUCUAGCAGAUGUAAAAAAAUAUAUUUUGAACCCUGCCUAAGAGAUAGCAAAUUGGGUGUGUUUGAAGGAAUUUUUAAUUCCAAGAGAUAGCAGAAUUGGAAAAACUGUUAAACAUCGCCAAGGAAUAGCAGUUGGUAAAAUUUUUAACCCCAAAAGAUUGGAUUAUCACCCAGCUGCUUUUCUGGAGAGUCUCCCACCCCAAUCUAGAGACUAAUUUUCAGUCAUUUCUACUUGAUAACUCAAAAUCUCUGCUAUCUUGAAAUGUUUUCCAUUUACCAUGAGUGUUGGAGUUAAAAAGAUUUACUUUUGUUUAAAAAAAAAUACCAAAGAUACCAGCUAUUUCCUUAUUGCUGGCUUUCUAGGGAAUUUUUUUGCUUUCAUUACUUUUCAGAAUAAUGGCUUGUUAGCCCCUGUGUAACAGAACCAGUGUUGCUGGUCAAAAUAACUAGAAUAACUUAGACUAUUGAUUCCAUAACAAAAACACCCCCUUGUGAACCUAGGGUGAGUGUGCACAAAUUACUCAAAGCCACCAAAUUAUUGAAGAAUCAUCAAAUACUGUUCUUUUUCCAUAUGAUACCUGUGACAGCUUCCCCCUCCCCUUAGCAAAGCCUGGGUAUGCGCCUGACAUCCAUGAAGUUUCUUGCCUAAGCUGCUAAACAGGUGCAUAUCUUGUCAGACGGUGCACACACCCCUCCUGGGAUCACCGAAUUUUACACAAAUUUCUCAUAAAAAAUCCUGGCUACACACCUGUAGAAUAUUACUUGAAAAGCUGUUUUGUUUACAUAAAAAGAUACAAAUUUAUGUGCUCCUAUUCAAGUCUAAAACCUAGUAAGAUUUAAAUGAAUACUGUAUGACAGCUUAUACAAUUGAAGGAGUCUUUAUAAAUUGUACUAAGAUGGAGAAGCGUAACAAUAACUUGUUGUGGAUUGUAGCUACAGUAUAUAGCUUUGCAUGUAGACAUUGGAUUUAAGGUGUUCUAGGAUAAUUGUUAGCUAUAGAUAUAAUCAGAAGGAAUACUGUGGCCUACUUCUGAGUUGGUGUAAAAUCCAUAGCCUCUAAAAGUCUGAUUGUAAAUUUCUAUUUAAACAUGUAAAAAGAUGUUUGGUUAUUAAAGAUAUCCUUAGUUUAAA